GAGCUGGAGGCGGGCGGUAGGUCGGCGCAAAGAGGCCCCGAAAUCCUCCCGGAGCAGAAUCCUGAGGGGUGUAGAGGCUACGAUGCUGCUGUUCUGCCCGGGCUGCGGGAAUGGGCUGAUCGUGGAGGAGGGACAGCGUUGCUACUGCUUCGCCUGCAACACCUGCCCCUACGUGCACAACAUCACCUGCAAGGUGACAAAUCGAAAGUAUCCAAAGCUGAAAGAAGUGGAUGAUGUACUUGGAGGAGCAGCUGCCUGGGAGAAUGUUGACUCUACUGCAGAGCCGUGUCCCAAAUGUGAACAUCCUCGUGCUUACUUCAUGCAGCUUCAGACCCGCUCUGCAGACGAGCCAAUGACCACCUUCUACAAGUGCUGCAAUGCUCAGUGUGGACACCGCUGGAGGGACUAGGGCCAGGGUGGCCUGGCUGCCUGAGCGUCUGCUUGACCUGUCCCUCAGUGUGCAUUCUCAGCUGGGAGUAUGAAUUUUGUGUCCUGAGGGUCUUCACUGGUCUGACAGAAAACUAACCCUUUUAAGUGUCAAGAAAAGUAGCCUAUUUGCCCAUCAGAAUGAAUGGAUGAAGUUAUUAAUGUCCAGGGAGUUUUUGUGUGUGGAGGAGACUGAUAACUUAA